CCUUUACUCCUUGGACCUGUCAAACAACAAAUUAACAGGACAAAUUCCAGAGGCUCUAGUGUAUCUGAGUGGCCUUUACUCCUUGGACCUGUCAAACAACAAAUUAACAGGACAAAUUCCAGAGCCUCUAGGGAGUAUGAAUGAGCUUUACUGGUUGGACCUGUCAAACAACAAGUUAACAGGACAAAUUCCAGAGUGUGUAAAACAAAUCUCUUAUUUGGACCUAUCAAACAAUGAAUUAGAAGAAGCCGCUCCAACAGGAAAAAAACAUUCCACGGCCCUAGUAAAAGUAGCCAUUCCAACAGGAAAAAGCCAUUCCACAGUCGUAAUAAAAGUAUUGGGAGCAGUAGCUGUUGUUGCCGUUUUUAUAGUUUGUUUUCUAGUAUUCGGAGUUCUGUGGAUCAGGAACUUGCAUAAUAGAGAAGAAUUUAAACAAACAUUUCGCAAAAUCCUUCAAAAGGUGGAGCAUCCACGCAUCGCGCAUGAGGAGCUUCUUGCAGCAACCAAUAGAUUUCACAACUCCAAUCUACUAUCAACAAAUAGCUUUGGAUCAGUGUACAAGGGAUUUUUGGCUGAUGGUACUCGUGUUGCCGUUAAGGUUCUCAAUUUAAUGCAUGAGCAAUCGCACAAGAUUUUCAGAGCAGAAUGUAAAGUGUUGCAGAAGGCUCGACACCGAAAUCUUGCUAGAAUCAUAACCACAUGUUCUACCAUUCACAUCAAAGCUUUAAUCUUUGAGUAUUUUUCUAAUGGAAGCUUGGAGAAGUAUUUGUAUCAAAGCAGUUGUAGAAUGGGAUUGAGAACACUGCUGAACAUAGCUAUAGAUGUAGCCCAUGCUGUGGAAUAUCUUCACUAUGAUUGCUUCGUGCAGAUAGUGCAUUGUGACAUAAAACCAAGCAAUGUUCUUUUAGAUGAAAGCAUGACAGCUCAUCUUUCAGAUUUUGGAAUAUCCAGAUUAAUGGGAAGAAUCACGGCCAAUUCAGUAACUUCAACAAUAGAUUUAAAAGGCUCAGUGGGCUACAUCGCACCAGAAUAUGGAUUGAAUGGCAUGAUGUCUCCUCGGGGAGAUGUUUUUAGCUAUGGUAUUUUGUUAUUGGAAAUGCUGACAAGGAGGCGGCCAACUGAUGAUAUGUUUGAUGGUGAUCUGAGCCUGCAUAGCUGGGUGAAAAGGGCAUUUCCAGAGAGGGUUGCUGAGGUAGUUGAUACAAGCUUGUUAAUGGAAGGGGCUAGCAAAGAAACGGAAGAAUGUCUGAUUUCAUUGAUGCGUCUUGGUUUGCUGUGUUCAAGUGAUUCCCCUGAAGCUCGGCCCACUAUGAGAGAUGUGUCCAGUCUAUUGAAGAACAUUCAACAGGAUUUCAACCCAGACACUUCUUCUUCCAUUAAAUUAAAGCCCACCAUAUCCAAUUUAGUUUGUGACAGAGGUGCAAUAACUAUUUGUGAGGAGGCAUCAGAUACCCAAAGCUCCACAUUUUAGUAGCUUUCACAUUUUAAUAG